AUGGUUCUCAAGAUUGCCCUCGUCGCUGCUGCGCUUGUUGCUGGCGCCUCUGCCCAUGCGACGUUCCAGGACCUGUGGAUCAACGGCGUCGACUAUUCGCAGUCGUGCGUACGUCUGCCGCAGAGCAACAACCCUGUCACGGAUGUUACGUCCACUGACUUGACCUGCAACGUCUCGCCCUCGGCGAGCGCCAACAAGUGCCCCGUCUCGCCCGGCGACAAGGUCACCGUCGAGAUGCACCAGCAGCCGGGCGACCGCUCGUGCGCCAACGAGGCCAUCGGCGGGUCGCACUACGGCCCGAUCAACGUCUACAUGGCCAAGGUCGACGACGCGACGAGCGCGUCCGGCCCGGACGCGGCGUGGUUCAAGGUGUCCGAGAUGGGCCUGCCGUCGGACGCGCCCGACUACUGGGCGACGGAGGUGCUGAACGACAACUGCGGACACUACACGUUCGCGGUGCCCGCGGACAUCGCGCCGGGCGACUAUCUUCUCCGCGCGGAGGUGGUGGCGCUGCACGUCGCGAGCUCGGAGGGCGGCGCGCAGUUCUACAUGUCGUGCUACCAGCUGAGUGUCGGAGGCUCGGGCAGCGGGUCGCCAGCGACGGUGAAGAUCCCUGGGGCGUACUCGGCGACGGACCCGGGUAUUUUGAUCAACAUUUACCAGCAGCUUGAUAACUACACCAUCCCUGGGCCAGACCCGUACGAAUCGUCGUCGCCCGCUGUUGCGUCGACGGCGUAUCCCACCACGGCGACGUGGAACACGGCUCUGCAGCCCACCGCGACGUUCACGACGCUUCCUCCCGCUGGCGCCACUAGCGUUGGCAACGUUUAA